CGCGCGCCAGCUUGAUCCCGGGAGCUGCUGCAGCUGCAGAGCGGAGCGGGAUGUCAGAAUUCCGGGCAUCAGUUAAGGAGUUAUGUCUUCCUCAUGUGUAUGGAGUUUUGUACAAAACUUCUAAAAUUAUGGCUCUCUUCUACCUACCAUGCUGUUGAUCAUGAAGUUUCUUGACACAUCUGUGGUUCAUACCCAGAGAAACCUUGCCUUGAAAUGCUGAAAAUUGUCUGCAGAGGAGCUGAAGUUAGUUAAAUACUGGAACAACUGCUGAUUUAUUUGCAUCUUUCAACAUGACCAAUCCCCAGCCUACAAUAGAAGCUGGAGUUUCAGAAGUUGAGAUAAUUUCACAACAAGUGGAAGAGGAGACUAAAAGCUUAGCUCCUGUACAACUUGUUAACUUCACUUAUCGAGAUUUACCCCUUGCUGCGCUUGAUCUCUCUGUGGCAGGGUCCCAGCUCUUGUCAAAUUUGGAUGAGGAGUACCAAAGAGAAGGAUCUAACUGGCUAAAGCCGUGCUGUGGGAGACGAGCAGCUGUGUGGCAGGUAUUUUUGCUCAGUGCAAGUCUCAACAGUUUCCUGGUAGCCUGUGUAGUGUUGGUGGUGAUUCUCCUGACUGUGGAACUCCUAAUAGAUAUAAAGCUUCUCCAGUUUUCAAGUGCAUCACAGUUUGCAGGAAUUAUUCACUGGAUCAGCCUAGUCAUCCUAUCUGUGUUCUUUUCAGAGACUAUUUUGAGAAUUGUGGUUCUCGGUAUAUGGGAUUAUAUUGAAAACAAAAUAGAGGUAUUUGAUGGUGCUGUAAUAAUUUUAUCCUUGGCUCCAAUGGUGGCCUCUACUGUGGCAAAUGGCCCAAGCAGUCCUUGGGAUGCCAUCAGUCUCAUUAUCACUCUGAGAAUUUGGAGAGUUAAGAGAAUUAUUGAUGCAUAUGUGCUGCCAGUGAAAGUGGAGAUGGAGAUGGUGAUUCACCAAUAUGAGAAGGCGAAGGUCAUUCAAGAUGAGCAGUUGGAAAGGCUAACCCAGAUCUGCCAAGAACAAGGGUUUGAAAUUAGGCAGUUGAGAGCCCACCUAGCUCAGCAAGAUCUGGACCUAGCUGCUGAGAGGGAGGCUGCACUGCAAGUACCCCACAUGCUGAGCAAGCAGAGCAGCAAUAGAUAUAAGGUAGUGGCAACUGGAGACUCAGACGACGAGGCCACUGAGAACAUCACCGAGUUACGACCACCACGAGAGGCCAUGGUCAAGGAUGAUAUGAACAACUACAUCAGUCAAUAUUACAAUGAGCCCAGCAGUGACAGCGGAGUUCCUGAAGCUGGUAUUUGUGUCAUUACCACAACAGCCAUUGACGUGCACCACCCCAACAUAUCUUCUGACCUGUUCACAGUGGAAGUGCCCAUGAAGAUAGGAAGUAAUGGAACUUCUGCUAGCGUCACAUCAGGCAGUGCCUCCAGAUCUACAGACAGCUCUGUAACCAGAGCCCAGAGUGACAGCAGCCAAACCUUUGGCUCUUCUACAGACUGCAGUACCACCCGGGAGGAAUCCUCUGAAUACGGCCCUUUAGACAAGGCUGGGAAUGCAAAACAUGAUCAAAUCAAUUCUGCAAGGCAUAGGGUCAGCAAUGCAGUAGUUCAGGAACUGUUAUCAUCAUUGUCAGAGGAUUCUUGCUUGACACAAAAAGGCUUAGAUCCAGUCAACCUUAAAUUGCCUAGUCCAGCAGGGUCCGCCAAAGCUAGUCCUGAGCUAGAACAUAGAGUGAACAUUUACAACAAGAAGAACCAAGAGAGCUUUAAUGUGCUCCAGAUUAAGCCAGUUAUUCACCUUCAGCAAACUGCCUCAGUGAUAAAAGAAAAGUACAAAUCUUUGGAAUCCAAAGAGCAGAAGAUUAAUAGGGUCCCAGAUUCAUAGUUCUCCACAGUGGUAGGAAAAGAUGAGACAUUCUAGAGCUUUAAUGGCACCCUCAGAACAAUUACUGGCUGGAUAUCUUGCUCCUUGCGUGGUUUGAAUGAAUUUAAUAUUCAUAAAAUGCAUGAGUUCUGAGAGCCAACAUGAAUCCAUGACAUUUCUAGCUUCAGAGGUCCUCAGGCCAAGUCCUGGAUGAAGAUAAAACAUUCUGUAUUACAAAAUAAUGACCUUAAAGAUGUACAUAUUCUUAAUCUUGGUUUUGUGAGGUUUUUUUAAAAAUACAAAUAAUUUUUAUGGAACUCUGAACAACCUUCUAUCAGGUCAAGCUUCAGCAGGGUAUGGUACAUGCAGAUGUAAACUUCUCCUUCUACUAUUUCUUACUGUCCCUUUGUACAUGACGACAGCUGUAAAAUCCUUUGUACAAAUUCUGCAGUUAUUUUUGUUCUUCCCAAAAUCUUUUUUCAAGGAGCACUUUGGGUGAUGCAGAUUAAAGGGGGAAACUGUGAUCUGUUUCUAUGUUAGCAUGAGCUCUUUAAAGACAAUACUUUGGAAAAGAAAAUAUCGUUUUCACUUCCAAGUCAACACGAGUGAAAA